CCUGCAUUUACCCAGUUUAAACCAAAUACCUUAAAAUCAGGUUUGUUUUGAUGACGUGCAUGCUGGGAUACCUGGGAACGGGUAACGAGCAGUAACGAGGGAAACGUUGACAUGGCGCAGGUUUCCUGCAUCGAAGACGAUAAAUUCUUGUCAUUUUUCAAUGUUUUUCAAUUAUUUUGACAAGGAUUUAGAUUGGAUAUUAAAGUCUUAUUCAUGAUAUGCUUCAUUCUUGCAAGGAAAACAUUCAGCAUGAUGUCACGGUGCCACCUUUGCGCACAUCCAGAUACAGUUGAUGUAACCUGAAUAAAUGAUUCGUUGUAGGAAAACUACGUUCAUUGUAGAUUACAUAUUUUAACUACAAGAGCAAAAUGUUGAAUUGUAUCAAUAUGAUAUUACAAAAGAAUUUAUUGCUAUGAAUAAAUACGACGUUCUUGGCAUCGUUGGAGAAGGUGCAUAUGGUGUCGUAAUGAAAUGUAGAAAUAAGGAAACAAAUGAAGUUGUUGCUAUUAAGAAAUUCAAAGACAGUGAAGACAAUGCAGAUGUAAAGAGAACUACAAUGAGAGAACUAAGGGUUUUAAAAAUGUUGAAACAAGAAAAUAUUGUGCAACUUAGAGAAGCGUUCCGAAGAAGAGGAAAAUUGUACCUGGUUUUUGAAUAUGUUGAGAAGAACAUGCUGGAAUUACUUGAUGAGAUGCCAAAUGGUGUCCCAGUGACUAGGUUAAGAGGACAUAUAUUUCAACUCAUUAAAGCUAUACAUUGGUGUCAUCAAAAUAAUGUUAUACAUAGAGAUAUAAAACCUGAGAAUUUGUUAAUCAGCAAAGAUGACUCACUAAAAUUAUGUGAUUUUGGCUUUGCUCGUGCAAUGUCAUCCAAUUCAUCAGCUCCAUUCACAGAUUAUGUUGCAACUCGCUGGUAUAGGUCUCCAGAGUUAUUGCUUGGGGGUUCUUAUGGUAAGCCAGUGGACAUCUGGGCAAUAGGUUGCAUUCUGGGUGAAUUGGCCGAUGGUCAGCCUGUAUUUCCUGGUGAAAGUGAAAUUGACCAGCUUUACACGAUACAAAAGGUUCUGGGACCUCUUCCUCCAGAUCAAAUGGAAAUGUUUCGUAAUAACCCUCGCUUUAAGGGACUAAAGUUUCCUGAUGUGUCGAGACCUCAGACUCUGUUUAAGAGAUACAAUGGCAUCCUAAAUUCGAAUCUUCUUCAAUUUUUGACGCAAGCCUUACAAUUAACUCCUCAGCAAAGACCAAAUAUUGCUGAAUGUAUGCAGCACAAAGCAUUUACAAAUGAAACAAACUGUGACGAGGACUUGACGCAACAAUCCAAUGGAAAAUGUGGAAUAUCAACUGAUCUUGCUUCGGACACUUCUGAACGCCAGGAACAAGGGACUAUAAACGAGAAUCUUGAGAUUUCAGACGUAGCAGAUGACACAAAACCUAUCAAAGAAAGUUUUCAUAGUACUACAGAACCUCAGGAAUUGUUGUUAAAAAGCACGAUAUCUGAGCCGCAACUGAAAUUAGAUUUCUCAUUGUUGAAUAAGAAUGAACUAAAAAUGAAACCACCUGAACCAAGAGAACUAUCAAAAUAUCAUGUUUCUAGUUCAUUGGGAAAUGAAUGGAAUUUUUCAGAUGGAAAACCAUUCAUACCGACUGGCAGCGACGAGUUAAAGAAAUGCAAGUCAAAAAUACGUGAAAAGACAAAGAGCAGUAAAAAGUUGAAUCUAGAUGCUCCCAAAGUAGAGUCCAUUAUUCCAGAUGAAAGCAGUAAUACUUUGGAACGUGGAAUCAGACAGGGAGAGGUCGCUGAGAAUUCAUGUUGCGACCAAACAAUGAAGCCUCCUAUCUUCACAGAUGGAUUGCUUCCAAGCAAGGAAUAUGGCUUGAAAGAAGGUACCACCAUUCAUGAACAUUUAAUAUCUCCAAGAGAUAUGCCAACAUCGCCCACUGUUGUACAAGAGAGAAAAUCUGAUCUUGGCUUGCCAACUUGCCAUCCAAGAGAAAAAAAAGAACGAAGAAAAAAGAAGAAAAGAUCAAACCAGGUUCUUUUUAAUAUGACGUAAAUGUUUGUGACGAAAUUUUUCGGGCGCGCUAAUGAUCGCAAGUUAUAUAUAGCGUCCAGCCUGCACCAGUGCAUCAUUUUCGUAGAUGCCGGAAACAACCAUUGGUAUUACAUUUCAAUUAAGAUUACAGUAAUCCCAUCUGUUUUUUUGUAUAUCGUGUUUUAGACAGAUAUUAUAGUGGACUCCUAGAUCUUCAAGGUUGUAAGAUAGGAUGUACGGUUGAUACGCCAUAACUAUACGUUUUUUAGUUUCAUUUUAUAUGUUCAUAUUUAAACUGUUUUUAGGUGUCAGUAAAGGAACAAAACAUAUAUGACUUUCCUACACCAGAUAUGGCUAGUGAUGAAAUAAGGCAUGAAGUCGGUAGUAAGGAGGAUGAUUUACCGGCUACUUUUUCUAAUUUCUAUUCACCUGGAUCUCUACACAAGACUCAGCUGAAACCUCUCAAUUACACGAUAAACAGCAUAUCACUUCGUGAAACAAGACAUCCUAAAGUUCAAAGAUCUUUUCAAAAACCAUAUUUACCACCACCACCUAGUAUACCGCGACAUUUACUGCGGGCAGACACGCGAUACAUGAUGACUCACACUGAUCACGCUGAAUUGGUUGAACCUGAACUACAAGGAUUAAAACUAAACAAUAAACAAUCUGCUUUUUUAAAAGAAGGAUUACCACAAAGCCCGGGACUGAAACCUCUACAAACACAUAAGGACUGGCGGAAUCGUCCUGAUAGAAGUGGAAAUACUGAUCUAAGUUCUUUAAAGGAGACACUUCUCUGACAACUCGGAUUCUCCUCCCCCUACCCAAAAAUGUUAUAAUUUUUAUAUAAGUAAGUCCAA